UUUCUGGUCGAUACAUUUAAUAACAGUUGAUAAUAGUCCUUGGAUAUUUAAUAUAACAGCAUGAAUAUUCAUGGAUAAUGGUAAAAUCAUUCAUGGAAAAUGUAUGAUUGUAGUUUAAAGAGCAACUGAUGAGAAGGAAUUUAUUUUGGGUUAGGAAGCUCGAAACACCGACUGAUCUUUGAGGAUUUAAUUUUGAAAUUAAUUAGUUCAACGUGUAGUUGAUCACCCACGCAAAAUGAGCAGGUAUCGAAAGGAGGAGUCUUUAAGCGAAGACAGCGACAGCGAGGAAGAGAGGCGUAGAAAAGAUAUUAAAGAACGAGACGAAUUCAGCAGUCGACUAAAAGCUAAAGAUGAAAGUAAAGUACGAAAACUUGCUAUGCCUGCUGGCUCUGGAGCAGCCGAAGCUGCUAAAAGACUCAAAAUCAUGGAAGCCGAUUCAAAGGAAAAACUUGUACCUAAACUACGUGUCGAAUCUCGCAGGAAAUAUUUGGAAAAGCGGAAGGAGGAUAAAGUUGCUGAGCUAGAAGCUGAUAUAAUUGACGAUGAAUACCUGUUUGAAGAAGAAAUUCUUACAGAGCGAGAAAAAAGGGAGCGACAGCACAAAAGACAAUUACUGCAGUUGGCAAAAGAACAUGAAAAAGCUAGAGAACUUGAAAGGGUUCAACGAUACCACAUGCCUUUGGAAAAAGGAAAAGUGGAAAAUGAGGUGGAAUCUAUGGAUAACGAACCACCUCAAUCGGAGCAGAGUAAAUGGGAAUCUGAUCAAAUGUCUUCAGCAGUCUUUCGGUUUGGUGCAAAAGAUAGGAAAGCCAAAGAAGAUUACGAUCUCCUUCUUGAAGAUGAAGUGGAAUUUGUACAAGCAUUACAAAUGCCGGGCAGCACAAAAGAUAAACGAGAGAGUGCUCAGCCAUCUCAAACUAAGACGUUGACUACUAUCGAGGAAACGAAAAGAAGUCUGCCUAUUUAUCCAUUUAGAGAUAGUCUUAUUCAAGCUAUCAGAGAUCAUCAGGUCUUAAUCAUCGAAGGAGAAACUGGAUCUGGAAAAACGACGCAGAUCCCGCAAUACCUCUAUGAAUCAGGAUUUACUAACGAUGGUAAAUUAAUCGGAUGCACACAGCCAAGAAGAGUGGCGACUAUGGCAGUGGCUGCCAGAGUGGCACAUGAAAUGGCCGUAAAAUUAGGCAAUGAAGUUGGCUAUGCGAUUCGCUUCGAAGACUGCACUUCGCAUAGAACACGAAUUAAGUACAUGACAGAUGGUACCUUACAUCGAGAAUUUCUAAGCGAACCUGACCUGGCUUCUUACAGCGUAAUGAUCAUCGACGAGGCUCACGAGCGCACUUUGCACACGGACAUUCUAUUUGGCCUGGUCAAGGAUAUCACUCGCUUUCGUACAGACUUAAAACUGUUGAUAUCGUCGGCAACUUUAGAUGCCACUAAAUUCAGUGAAUUUUUCGACGAUGCUCCAAUUUUUCGGAUACCUGGCCGUAGAUUCCCAGUUGACAUUUAUUACACCAAAGCUCCGGAAGCUGAUUACAUCGACGCCUGUGUUGUAUCCAUAUUACAGAUUCAUGCUACACAACCUUCUGGGGACGUACUAGUCUUCCUUACUGGUCAGGACGAAAUUGAGACGUGCCAGGAAAUGCUUCAGGAGAGAGUCAGAAGGCUCGGGACCAAGUUAGCAGAACUGCUGAUUCUACCGGUUUAUGCAAAUCUGCCGAGCGACAUGCAAGCGAAAAUCUUCCAACCCACUCCACCUGGGGCUAGAAAAGUAGUACUUGCUACGAAUAUCGCGGAGACAUCGUUAACUAUUGACAACAUCGUCUACGUGAUAGACCCCGGUUUCGCGAAACAAAAUAAUUUUAAUUCCCGAACGGGCAUGGAAAGCUUAAUGGUUGUGCCCAUUAGUAAAGCUUCUGCAAAUCAGAGAGCAGGAAGAGCCGGAAGAGUUUCCCCAGGCAAAUGUUUUCGUCUGUACACAGCAUGGGCUUAUCAACACGAACUCGAGGAUAAUACAGUUCCGGAAAUACAAAGGAUAAAUCUCGGCAAUGCCGUUUUGACUCUGAAGGCAUUGGGAAUCAACGAUUUGGUGCAUUUUGAUUUUCUGGACCCUCCACCGCACGAGACCCUCGUAUUAGCUUUGGAACAACUUUAUGCCCUCGGUGCGUUGAACCAUCGUGGCGAACUUACAAAACUCGGCCGAAGAAUGGCAGAAUUUCCUCUCGACCCGAUGAUGGCUAAGAUGCUGCUAGCCAGCGAGAAAUAUAAAUGCUCCGAGGAGGUAGCCACUAUCGCGGCCAUGCUCUCGGUAAAUGGGGCCAUUUUUUACAGGCCAAAGGAUAAAAUAAUCCAUGCCGAUACGGCGCGAAAAAAUUUCCACGUACCUGGUGGCGACCAUCUUACCUUACUCAACGUUUACAAUCAGUGGCAACAGAGUGACUUCAGCACUCAUUGGUGUUACGAAAACUUCAUCCAGCAUAGGUCAAUGAAAAGGGCCAGAGACGUAAGGGAACAACUGGUAGGACUGAUGCAACGAGUCGAGAUGGAACUCGUCUCGGGAAUAACGGAAACCAUUAACAUUAGGAAGGCAAUAACAGCUGGAUACUUUUACCACGUUGCGAGACUAUCGAAGGGAGGAAAUUACAAAACGGCAAAGCAUAAUCAAACGGUCUCCAUUCAUCCCAACAGUUCGCUCUUUCAAGAAUUGCCAAGGUGGCUGCUUUACCAUGAACUGGUGUUCACGACAAAGGAGUUCAUGCGGCAGGUGACAGAGAUCGAGAGCAAGUGGUUGUUAGAAGUCGCUCCACAUUACUACAAACCCAAAGAACUAGAAGACACGACGAAUAAAAAAAUGCCGAAAGUCGCGGGUAGAGCACGACCGGACGGUACGAAUUAACGUGACGGUAUUUCUUCGAGAGUAUCUUCCGGCCUAGAACGGUAGCGAGCAAGAUUAUUUUGUACAACUGUCCAUUUUUAAUAUUCAAAACGAAUAAACGUUCCAGAAAAAAA